AUGACCGGUCGAGGCAAAAGUGGUAAGGGGCUGGGAAAGGGAGGCGCCAAGCGUCACAGGAAGGUGCUUCGUGACAACACCCAGGGCAUCACCAAGCCCGUAAUCCGUCGUCUGGCUCGCCGCGGCGGUGUCAAGCGUAUCACAGGCCUCAUCUACGAGGAGACCCGCGGAGUGCUCAAGGUGUUUCUGGAGAACGUGAUCCGUGACGCCGUCACAUACACCGAGCACGACUAG